AUGCAUUUCCCCGCUCUCCUCGCCGAUGAGCGCCUCACCCAACUUCAACACUCAACUGCUACUUCCCAAUACUCUGGUAGCUCCGAAGCCACACACAAUUCUCCAAUUCAGAUAUCGUGCAUCGUUUUAAUUAUUCUCGGAAUAGUUGCAAAGGCGGCAUUCGCGGUUGAAAGUUUGGACUGGUUAGAUUAUACUAUACUUUGCGUUUUGACGGGAAUUUGGUAUUCUCGAAGACGACCAACUACAUAUGUAGUUUUGUGA